AUGCCACCCUCACUCUUUACCACCUCACGUCGUCUCCUUGUUCAUUCUACCCCACUGCCCCGUUUGAGGCCGCUGGCGACUCAUCGUUCUUUGACUCACACAGGUGGCACAGCUGUCGCCCUCGCACGUAUAUUUACCCCUCCGCGUUACCGUCUUGCGGCCUCGCGCCUCUACUCACAAACAAAAAACCCAUUAUCCUCCCUUUUCGAACCACACGCGUCCAAGACCUCAGCCGUCAUCAUGGAGGACCUCGCAGGCUCGCUGCAGAAGCUGGGGCUCGACAAAGUCCCCGCCGAACCAAACACCUAUCCCGCCCAUAACCCCUUCGACCUCUUCCGUUCCCACAUUACAGAGUUGCUGUCGCAGGCCUCGGGAAUCGAGCGCAAAAUCAUAUACCCGACGUUGCAGAAGACCAUCAAGGCCGAGUUUGGAGAUCUCCAGCUUGCGGUUCAGGCUCUCCGUCAGAAGCGCAAAGACAUGGCCGAGUUUGCAAAGGAGCUGGGUGGUAAAUUCCCCGAAUCCCCCCUCGUGGAGAAGCCCACCGUCAAUGGCACUUUCCUCAGCUUCUUCUACAAGCCACAGCCUUUGACAAAGCUUGUCCUCCCUAAUAUUCUGAAAGCCGGCCCGAGCUACGGCUUCUCGGCCGCCCAACACCUAGGCCUCAAAGACCCUGCCGACCCAUCCCAAGGGCGCAAGAAGAUCAUCGUGGAGUUCUCAUCCCCGAACAUCGCAAAGCCUUUCCAUGCCGGCCAUCUUCGGAGUACAAUCAUUGGUGGUUUCCUAGCAAACCUGUACGAUGGUGCUGGCUGGGACGUGGUCCGCAUGAAUUACCUUGGCGAUUGGGGAAAGCAAUACGGUGUGCUCGCAGUGGGCUUUGACCUUUACGGUUCGGAAGAAGAGCUUAUCAAGAACCCUAUCGGUCACUUGUACGACGUAUACGUUAAAAUCUCCAAAAAGGCCGCCGAGGAGGCAGAUGUUGUGAAAGCUGCAAAGGAGGGAAUUGCCAAAGCUGAAGGAGACGCAUCCGAACUUGAGGCGAAGAUCAAGGAGAUUGAAGAGAAGGGUGUUGAUCAACAGGCCAGGCAGUAUUUUGUCAAGAUGUGCGAAGGCGAGGAGAAAGCGCUCGGCAUUUGGAAGCGGUUCCGUGACCUCAGUAUCGAGAAGUACAAGAAAACGUACGCACGCCUGAACAUCCACUACGAUGACUACUCUGGCGAAUCUCAAGUCAAGGACGAAAAGAUGGACGAGGCUGCCCAAGUCAUGAAAGAGAAGGGCGUCUCGGAGGAGUCGGAAGGCGCCACCAUUGUCGAUCUCACAAAGUACUCCAAGAAGCUCGGCAAGGCUAUCGUGAAGAAGAAGGACGGCACCUCGCUCUACCUCACUCGCGAUAUCGGGGAAGCUAAACAGCGUAUGGAAAAAUACAACUUCGACAAGAUGAUCUACGUGGUGGCUAGCCAGCAAGAUCUGCACCUAGCGCAGCUGUUCAAGAUUGAAGAGGCCAUGGGCUGGAAGGACAUCUCGAGUAAAUGCCAACACAUCAACUUCGGAAUGGUGCUCGGCAUGUCUACCAGGAAAGGCACGGCCAAGUUCCUCGAUGACAUCCUCGCCGAGGUAGCAGAGAAGAUGCACGAUGUGAUGAAGUCAAACGAGAACAAGUACGCGCAGAUUGAAGACCCGGUAAAGACGGCGGACACGCUGGGCAUCUCGGCCGUCAUGGUGCAAGACAUGAAGGGCAAGAGAAUCAACAACUACACAUUCGACAUGGACAGGAUGUGCUCGUUUGAAGGCGACACGGGGCCCUACCUGCAGUAUGCGCAUGCCCGUCUGUGCAGCAUCCGUCGCAAGGUGAUUGCGGCGCAUCCAGACAUUGAAAGCCUGGAUCUCUCCACGGUGGCCGACUUUACGCUUCUCAAGGAACCACAAGCUACUGUGCUGGUCCGAGAGCUUGCUAGCUGGCCCGAUGUACUUCUCAACACGAUCAGGUCGCAGGAGCCUUCGACGGUUCUCACAUAUCUUUUCAAGAUGUCGCACGCUCUUUCGGCGUCGUACGAUCACCUUCAGAUUGUUGGAUCGGAGCGUGAAGUGCUGCUAGCUCGGUUGGCGCUGUACACGGCGGCUCGCCAGGUGCUGAACAAUGCCAUGCGCCUCCUUGGGUUGAACCCGGUGGAGCGCAUGUAG